CGUGAUUUCAAGCUUGCAUCAACCAACAAAUUCCGCCAGAGCACACAAGACGCAAUGGGCUUGGACGACUUUGAAAAGGAGCUGGCCGAGAGCAAAGCGAAAGAGUCGCAUUCGCAUCGGAAACGCGACAGGAGCCGGAGUAGGGACAGACAUCACCAUCGCUCAAAGCAUGAUGACAAGCAUCGGCACAGCCAUAAGCACCGUUCGUCCCGGAGAGAGAGUUCUCGCGACCGUGACGGCGACUCCAAGCACCGACACAAGCGUUCGCGACGCGAUGACGACAAUAAACCAUCUCACAAGGAUCGCGAAGCCUCCGACACGUUGAUAGCAGCGCCACAAGAGCCUCUCGAUGACGAGGAAGACGAGUGGGUAGAGAAGGAGGUAGCGCCACCCCCAGACGACGAUAUCCUAGACCAACAGCUCGAGGAAUACGCAACGAAGGAUUUAAAGCGCGAUGCCUGGAUGGAAGCCCCCUCAUCACUGGACGUAGACUACGUACACAAGAGGAAGAAAGAGGAGGCGAAGCCGCACAGGAUCCAAGCCACGCAAAACGACUACAACCUCAAGGUCCAUAAAAACGAGCUCAACAGCUUCCUGAAGAAUGUUGGAGAAUUCAAGAAGGCAAACGAUCUUGCGGAAGAGCCCGCGCAGCACGAAAUAGACUAUACAUUUGGGGACUCCGGGUCACAGUGGCGUAUGACGAAGCUCAAGGCGGUGUAUCGGAAAGCGAAGGAGACUGAUCAGCCAUUGGAGGAGGUUGCGCUGGAGCGAUACGAAGACCUGCGCGCGUUUGACGAUGCGAGGGAAGAAGAGAUAGAGCUGGACCGUCGGAAUAUGUACGGAAGAGAUUAUGUCGGGAAAGAGAAGCCCAGUGGAGAACUGUUCCAGGAGCGAAAGAUGAAUAUGGGCAUUCGAAGAGAACCAAGACCUUCCGAGCAACUGGAUGUGGGGGACUUACCGCAAGGUCAGAUUGUCCCCGAACAAGCAGCGCCGGUGAAUACGGCUAUACUCGAUCAGACAGCUUUGAACAAGCUCAAGGCCCAAAUGAUGAAGGCGAAGCUUCGUGGUGCGGAGAAUGCAGUUCGGCUGGAACAAGAAUAUAACGAUGCUGUCGCUGCUGCUGCGGCAAAUCCCAGAGAGUCCGAUGUCGUUGUUCUGGGUGCCAUGGACAAUCGGAUGCUAACAGGAGGUCGAAAGGGCGAGGUGACAGCAGUGCAAAACAAGAGGGGCAGAGAGCGCGGUACUGUUGUUGAGAACGAGGAUAUGAGUAUAGAAGACAUGGUCAGACAAGAGAGACGGACGAGGAACCAAGCAGGUAGAGAAGGCAUGGCGCUCGCGGAAAGGAUAGCCAAGGAUGGCAAGUUUGACAACGAUCUCGACUACAUGGACGAGAAUGCCGAGAAGCUUGCGAAGCGCGUGGCCAAGUCGGAAAUCAACCUUCGAAACAUGGCCAUCAACGACUUCCAAAAGAUGAACCGCAUCCUCGACUCGUGUAUCCUCUGCCACCAUGAGGAUACCAAUAAGCCCCCUGUCGCGCCCAUCGUCUCUCUGGGUACCCGCGUCUACCUUACCCUUGCCACAGAACCCGAGCUUACUGAAGGUGGCUCCGUCAUUGUACCGAUCCAACAUCGUACCAAUCUCCUAGAGUGCGACGACGAUGAAUGGGAAGAGAUUCGCAACUUCAUGAAGUGCCUUACCCGCAUGUACCACGAUCAGGGGCGCGAGGUACUCUUCUACGAAAACGCCGUCGCGCCUCAGCGCAGGAAACACGCAGCCAUGAUGGCCGUUCCGAUUCCAUACUCCCUCGGCGAUACCGCCCCGGCAUUCUUCAAGGAGGCUAUGCUCACAGCAGAUGACGAGUGGUCUCAGCACAAGAAGAUUAUCGAUACACUAAAGCGUUCGAGGGAGGGAAUGGGCCGAGUGGCGUUCCGCAGAAGCAUUGCGAAAGAGAUGCCUUACUUCCAUGUCUGGUUCGAGCUGGACGGCGGCAUGGGACACGUGGUGGAGAACGAAGCUAGAUGGCCAAAGGGCGACUUGUUCGCGCGGGAGAUUAUCGGCGGCAUGGUCGAUGCUGCCCCGGAUGUCAUCAAGAGACAAGGCCGCUGGAGCCGAGAGGAUCGGCGGGUGGAACCGUUCAGGAAGAGGUGGAGGAAAUUCGACUGGACGAGAGUUUUGACAGACGGAUAAGGAGUCAGUUAAUGUGAUGAUAAUUGUGCCGCAGACUGCCCGCCAUAUUGAUCGUAUCCGCCACCCUCAAUCCCAGAUCCUAUUCACUCAUGUUGUGCUAGUUCACUUUGUUUAGAGAUAACAUUAUGUGACGGUGGGAAGUGAAGGCUUUGAGUUGGUCGCCUAAGUUCUUGUUAUAAAGUCUUCUUAUUCCUCGAAAAUACUUGACUGUGGUUUUCACGC